AGAGUUCAAUGUAAUUAUUGUUCACAUAAAUUGCUUGCUGCUGCAAAUCGUUGUGAACAACACAUUAAGAAAUGUACCAAAGUUUCACAUUAUGUACUUGAUGAAUAUUUUCAAAAAUAUAAUUACGCAGUCAUCACAAUCUGA